UUUCGGGCAUUAGCAGCGAUGGUGAGAGAGCUCCAAAUUCAACUGCCACUGGUGUGUCAAGAUCUAGGGUUUUAUUCUCGCUGUGGAGCUCCAGCGCUAGGUUUUGCGAAUUUUGGAUCCGGCCAGCGGCGAUUCUUGCCCGGCGCUGCGUCGAUCGCCUCCACCGGCAUGGGACGACAGGCCGCCGCCGCUGUCAAGGCCAGCAAUGGCGCCUCCGGGAAGAUCGACGCAAUGGAGGCCGAGUGUGUCGUCGCGGAUGAUGCCGAGGAGCUGUUUGAUGCGUCGGAAACUUUCAAAAAAUCCGCUCUAUUGUCGUCCAGAGAACAGUACGCAGCACUGUACAAAAAUUCCGUGGAUGAUCCCGAUGGAUUCUGGUCGCACACCGCGUCGCAGUUCUUCUGGAAAUCCAAGUGGGAAGAGAGCAAAGCUCAUACCGAGAAUUUGGACGUUCGCAAGGGAGAAAUUCGUGUGGAGUGGUUUAAAGGAGGGUGUACCAACAUUUGCUACAAUGCUGUGGAUCGGCAUGUAGAGGCGGGCAGGGGUGACGACGUUGCUCUCCUGUGGGAAGGAAAUGAUCCAGGAUUUGAUAUGAAGCUAACGUACAAAGAGCUUCUCGAUCGCGUUUGUCAGCUCUCAAACUAUUUGCUCGCUGUGGGAAUCAAGAAAGGAGACACUGUAGCAAUCUAUAUGCCAAUGCUCCUCGAGUUGCCUAUAGCAAUGCUUGCCUGUGCUCGCAUUGGCGCUGUUCAUUCGGUCGUGUUCGCUGGUUUCUCUGCUGAAUCGCUUGCCCAACGAAUUCUGGAUUGCAAGCCAAAGGUUCUGCUCACGACCAGUGGUGUAAAACGGGGCCCAAAGCUUAUCAAACUUAAGGAAAUUGUAGAUGAUGCUUUAAAUCGAUGUGUACAGGAGGGUGGCCAUUCUGUAGAUUACUGUUUGACAUAUGAUAAUAAAUUAGCGAUCAAGAGAGAAGACACUCCCUGGAAAGAGAAAAGGGAUGUGUGGUGGCAGGAUGUCGUUCCAAAUUAUCCCACUGAUUGUCCAGUGGAAUGGGUAGACGCGGAGGAUCCUUUGUUUUUGCUGUACACCAGUGGCAGCACUGGGAAACCAAAGGGAGUGCUACACACAACUGGUGGCUAUAUGGUCUAUACUGCCACAACGUUCAAGCAUGCCUUCGAUUACCAUGACGGAGAUGUCUACUGGUGUACUGCAGAUUGCGGAUGGAUCACUGGUCACAGCUACGUCACUUAUGGCCCUUUAUUGAACAAAGCGACUGUCUUGAUCUUUGAGGGGGUUCCAAAUUACCCCGACGCUGGUCGGUGUUGGGAGAUUGUGGACAAAUACCACGUUACCAUUUUCUACACGGCCCCGACAGCGAUUCGAGCAUUGAUGAGAUCAGGAGAUGAGCCAGUGAAACGGCAUUCGCGAAAGUCCUUGCGCGUUUUAGGAAGCGUCGGUGAACCGAUCAAUCCAAGCGCGUGGAGGUGGUAUUUCGAAGUUGUCGGUGAUAGUCGCUGUCCCAUUGCAGACACCUGGUGGCAAACAGAGACCGGUGGCUUCAUGAUAACACCCUUACCUGGCUGUUGGCCUCUGAAGCCGGGCUCAGCCACGCUACCUUUCUUCGGUGUACAGCCAGCAGUCGUGGACGAGAAUGGCAAGGAACUCGACGGAGAAUGCACGGGAUUCCUGUGCAUGAAAGCCUCUUGGCCGGGCAUAUUUCGAAGUCUUUACGGUGAUCACGCGCGAUACGAAACUACCUAUUUCGCUCCUUUCAAAGGAUUCUACUUCAGCGGCGACGGCUGUCGCAGGGAUAAAGAUGGCUACUACUGGUUGACAGGCCGUGUGGACGACGUUAUCAACGUGAGUGGACACCGCAUUGGCACUGCUGAAGUAGAGUCGGCUCUUGUCGCGCAUCCUCUGGCAGCCGAGGCUGCCGUGGUUGGCAUCGAUCACGAGGUCAAGGGUCAGGGAAUCUAUGCCUUCGUGACACUCAACGAAGGAGUCGAGUACACGGCAGAUUUAAAGUCGAGCUUGAUAUCAACUGUGCGAUGCCAGAUUGGAGCUUUCGCUGCUCCAGACGCGAUCCACUGGGCCCCCGGCCUGCCAAAGACGAGGAGCGGCAAGAUCAUGCGAAGAAUUCUCCGCAAGAUCGCCUCCAAGCAGCUGGAUGAUCUGGGAGACAUCAGCACCUUGGCCGAUCCUGGCGUCGUCGCUCAGCUCAUCGAAUUCACGGAAAAAUGAGUGUGGAUCAAAGAACUCGAGCUAGUCAGACAUGGUUGACUUUUCUAUGGUCAGCACUUUCAACGGUAAAAGAGUGGAGUUUUAUUCUUUGGCUUUGCUUCUGCGAAGGUUAAGCUGUUGCGUCCAAGUAAUCCUGCCAGCUUAAUGCUUGGAUUUAAAUCAUGGUAUUCGUGGCGCUGCCCGUUGAUGCU